AUUCACGACUGAUGGUCUGCCAUCUAUUGAGUAUUGACAGGUUAAAAAACUGUGUGAAUGUAUGAAUAGAUGGCGGGACGACCAACUCAACAAAUGUCAGAAAUCGGAUCGAUAAGUGAAAAGGGCUUCAAAACAAUAAACGAACGCAAUCAUUGAAUGUGAAGAUAAGGAAACACAAUCGCAUUCCCAACGCCAUAGAAAGCAGAAAGAGGGACCAGUAGUUAAAAUGUGCAGCAAAGUUUUCGUGGUUAUCGUAGUGUCGGCGAUAAGUCUCAUCGCCGUUUUGCUAGGCCUGAACACGGUGACCAGCAGACAGAAGCAAUUACAAUGGGAUAUGAACAGGAAAGAUGGGGCGUCACUUCCUCAACUCGAUCGAGAAAGAAUUCAUCAACGUGCUGAACGAUUAGCCAAAGCCUUGACCAUUCAGACAAUUUCCUGGGAGCGUGAUGUAUUCGAGACCGAGGCCUUGCUCCAACUUCAUCAACAUCUCAAAAAUAGUUUCCCUUUACUUCAUUCUUCGCCUUCGAUUGAAGUAAAUGUUAUCAACGGCUACAGCUUACUUUACAAAAUUCGAGCAAGUAACGACGGUAAAAAUGAAAAUGUCGUACCUCCUUUACAUGCUGGCUGGCUGCUCAUCUGGAUGUCUGGAUGUAUUUCCGGUCGACAUCGCAACGGGACUUGGAAGGUGGCUGAGCCCUUUGAAGGACGUAUCAUCGACGGUGUUAUCUAUGGAAGAGGAGCAUUAGAUGACAAAAGUUCAGCUAUGGUGAGUCGACUUGUUAUACCUUGACUUGGUGACUUGACUUGGGGUAAGUUUCUUCCAGCUGAAUUUUCUCGUUGCAAUAUAGUGCCUCACAGUGCUGCAGUCACCAUCUAGAUUCCAUAACUAGGAAAAGUCUAAGAUUAGAUUUAAUGAAGAGAUGGGAAAAACAAAGAAAUCUAAAACACGUGUGGCAAUUGACAGCUUGGAAAUAGUACAAUUAGAUUACUGAGCAUGCUGACUUCGGUGUGAUGGCUGUAGUCUGUGGUCUUACUCUUUCACUUGGCACACUGCAAAAUUCAGGUUCUAAGUCUACUAUACUGAAUCACACUUUCAUUUUUCCUUGUGAUAGGAUGAUUCAAUUAGUAUGGUGUUUGAAAAAACCACCUUUUACAUUUAUUAAACACAACUUAGGCAAGAACUCAGCCAUUUCUGACCAGUUUUCAACUAUUUAAACGAGAACAUUAAUUCAACUAAGUCUAAGACAACAGUUAACUAUCACGUCUUCACAGUUCACAGUUCUCUACUCACAAGUGUGUGGCCAUAUGGAUAAAGAUUUCUUCUAGAAAACCAAAAAGCAUUGACAGUAUAGCAGACGACGCCAAAAGCUUUUUCUGUUUACCUUCUUCCUGCUGUUCAAAAAACGCUGUCAUGCGUUCAAAUUUCAUAUAUUGAAACAUAAUAAGUAUUCAUUUCCGUCAAAGGAUGCUACGCCCAAGAAAACAAAAAGCAUUCGAAAGUAAAAAUUCAACCAUUCGUAAACGAACUCUUCAACGUGCCGACCGAGAUGACUUUCUCUGUGAAAUACCGUGCAGUCCGUGUUUGUAUAAAAUAUCUGGCGCCCUUUAUUUUGUUGAAUUGCGCCGUUCUAUUUUGGCUGCGCAAUCUACGUGGAAAUGAAGCGCCGAUAGAAUCCGCUGACCAGCUGCAAAAAUUUGAAUCUCGCAUUUCCUGGAGCAAUAACGUCGUACCCACAACAGCGGCAGCCAGCACAUUCUUCCAAGUCGAUAUUCAAAGCAGAGCCCCUAUUGGUGAAUAUUUAUGGAAUCAUUUAAUUGAAGGGAAGAAAGAGCUUUUAUCACAUCAAGUUAUUUACAAGGGUACCAAGACUGUGAAUGGGAUCAAUUUCACUUUCCAGUCAGGAAAAUCAGAAAUCAUCUCUUACAGUCCUAAUCUUGUUUUAAUCAUUGAUGGCUCGUCAUCUCAGCUGAAACAGGAGAAAAUGUGGCUUAACGACAUACUCAUUUCUCAUACACCAAAGACCCUUUUUCUAGUAAUUUUAGGAGAUAUUAGCGACUGCAGUAAAAAUCAAUGGAUCAUUCCCUAUUUAUCUUCCAACGGUGGAUCGAUUGACGCAGUAUUUAUAGUGCGGGACAAAUUAGUAACAGAUGAAAGCGAAAUCUUUCAAUGGCCUCUCGGAGUAGCAACACACCGAGACUUCCCUUUAUUCUUUCCCGACGAAAUCGACAUCCUGUCACAAAGACCUUUUACCUGCAACUUUUUCGGUACCGCCAAUACUAAAGGAGCUGCGAUUCUUCGAUUAUUCAAGGAGUUGAAUCUCGAGAGUCUGUGCUAUUUGAAGAUGAGCAACACUACGGGAUUCUAUGGCGAUUACAUUCAAGCUGUAUCGGAUUCUGAUCUCACACUUUGUCCCGCGUCCGAACUUGGCAGCUCUGCUGAGAGCUAUUGCAUUUACGAGGCCUUUUCUCUUGGCAGCGUUCCAGUCGUCGAAGAAGACGUCGCAGUGGACAAUUGUGGCGGGGAUCCCCUUCGACUGCUGAAACAACACAACGCUCCUUUUAUACUUGUGGAAUCCCUUGACGACGAGUUGGGUGACGUCAUUGCUAACGAGUCUAGAAUGAACCUGCAAGAAAAGAUCGCGAGAAGGGCAACUGUUAUUAACUGGUACGCCAACUUCCGGCAUCACAUGGCCAGCCAAUUCAUCCGGGUCCUUAAGGCACACAUAAAUCAUUAAUAAAUUUUAAAAAGUUUGUUAUGAAAUCAAAAUUGUAUUAGUACCAUUUACCAUAUAAAUUGACGAUACUAAUUCUACAUACAGAUAGGAAAGCGUGCAUGUUAUUCCUAUUAUAAUUACACGGUUUCUAAUUCAUUCUAUAAAUGCUACAAGCUUCUAUAAAUGAAAGCAAGACAUAUGAAUAUAAUAUAAGAUGUAUGAUGUAUGAUCUUAUUUCUAGUAUUUUCGCAAAAAUUAUCAUUAUUAAAAAAAAAUUUCUUAAUAUUGCGAUUAGAUUAGAAAUUAAAAAUUAAUUAAUUAACAAUUAAAUUAAUUAUAAAAUCUUAAAAUGUACAUAAUUUUUUUAUUUACUAGUAAAGGAGAAGAGUGGGUGAGUUGAAUAGGGCGUCACAAUGUAACGUGCGUUCUAUAAGACUAGGGUUCAACUCCCCUAGGGGGCAACUUUGGUUGCUCACACACCCGCUUGGGCGCCACUGUAAAAUCUCGAUAUAAAUCUAGCGAUUCUAGACAGAGGUCCCGUUCGCGGGUAUAGGCUCAGAUUAGAAUCCCAAUUGGUUAUCAGGUGCUUCGGAGUAUUGUCCGAGGAGAUGCUUGAUCUAAAGUCACGCUAGAGGGUCGGUCCGAAUAUACGCUAUUCGUUAAGACGAAUGGGUCCAUCUGUUGUGUGAUGUGUAGGCCAUAGAGGGUACAAUCAUGCCGGUGUUUAACGCCAUCAUCUGGCGACUCAUAGAGGACUGUUUCUUCAGAAGCAAACAUUCGCAG